AAAGUCGGCCGGAAGCGCUUCCUGGUUUCUCUUAUCUCACGCCGACCCCAGCGCUCCUCGAGCUUUCGUUUUGGUUUCGCGCGGAACUCUGUCGGUCAUUAUGUGACACGUCCUAGGUCUACUUGAACACAGGUGCACUCCGAGCCAUGUUGUUCCAUCCGCUCCUGCUCCUUCCGCUCCUGUCCCUCGGGGAUUCGGCCUGUGUGGAGAGGGUGCUGCCGCCACAAGAAGACCGAGAAGUGUUUGUAGAUGAUGGCGACGCCAAUUCGUUCCUGGGUCGCCAUCUGCUGUUCAACCGGUUUGACUUCGAGAUUUUCGUUCCUGGAAACCUGGAGAGGGAGUGUAGAGAAGAAGACUGCAACUACGAGGAGGCGAGGGAGGUUUUUGAAAACAUCCCGGACACGGAUGUUUUUUGGAAGCAGUACAUUGCAGAGAAGGACCAACAGAGCACACGGGUUGAUGUGACGUCUCUUUUGGUGGGACUGAUCGCUGUUGGCGUGGCCGUUGUUAUCAGUGGACUUCUGCUCUGGUAUUUCUGUAACGGCAAAUGCAAGACUGGGAGCAGUGCAAACUCCGUCCGGGUGAGACCGAGGAGGAGUAAUGCUUCACUAAUAAUGCGACGUCUGGAUGAGGUGUCCUCACAACCUGUGCUCCCGGCCCCUAUGGAGGAAAUAGACCCAGCGGGGCUGCCUUCUUAUGAGCAGGCGAUUGCAAAAAAUGGACCAUAUGAUGCCCCACCUCCUCCUUAUCCCGGGUAUUUGCAUAAUCUAUAUCUCACAAUUCACUUAUUUUCCUAUGGCACACCAUCCAUAAUGCAGUCACACAAAGUUCAUUUAAAAUAUAUCCUUGAUAAUGUUUUUUUUGUUUUAGCUCACGGCCUGGGACUAUUCGGCGGUAGUGAAAGUCUGCCAACAUGA